AUUAUUUGGGCUUAAACCUAACACUUUUCAGAACAACUAGUGCAUCCAUCCAGAAAGUAAUCUCUACAAAUCAGAAGAAAGAACCCUACAUGGGGCAUUCAAGCUGUAUAGUCCAAACAUACUUUCCCCAUCCCAGUGGCACUACCUUUUGAGCCCAGACGUCCAACAUGCGCUCCCCAGGCCCAGAGAGCCCAUCUACGACUGAGGAGGCUCUGCUCCAUGGACAGUUCGGAGGUUGGAGCAGCGGAGGAGGAAGUGGAAGUAACAGCGACAGCAGCCCCAACAGCUCUGGAGGUGUUUCUUUGCCUUCCAGCCCUGCCUCCACCAACUAUGCCCUGACCCUCACACCAACUCAUAUCCAUGUCCAGCGGUUGUCUCCACGUAUUGGAAAGCAGUCCAGGCUGAUCCUGCCACUGGCGGAACUGACCGGAUGCAGCUGCCCACGCUCGCCAGCCCCUCCUUUGCUGGUGCUUUACUGGUACCCUCAGGGACGUCGUCGGAAAGGUGUCUCUAGACACAGACAGGUGAGGGCAUACUUGGCAGAGAGCAGAGUUGAGGCGGAGAAAUGGAACACUGCCAUACAGAGCCUUCUGAGGGGGAUGGAUGUCAACUCCACUACAGAAUUUUGUAAAAGCAUUUUGCCCCGUCCCCGUCGACUGAUGCUGCUGGUCAAUCCAUUCAGUGGCCGGGGUCAGGCAAUGCAAUGGUGUCAAACGCACAUACUUCCAAUGAUAAGAGAAGCCAACAUCAGCUACAACCUCAUUCAGACAGAACGUCAGAAUCAUGCACGUGAGCUGAUCAAAGAGAUCUUGCUACCAGAAUGGGAUGGAAUCGUCAUUGUUUCUGGAGAUGGACUCUUGCACGAGGUGAUAAAUGGCCUUAUGGAAAGGCCAGACUGGGAACAAGCAAUAAAAACUCCAGUUGGAAUCCUUCCUUGUGGCUCUGGAAAUGCACUCGCUGGUUCCAUCAACCACUGUGCAGGAUAUGACAUGUGCCUUCGGGAGCCUCUCCUUCUCAACUGCUGUUUUCUGCUGUGCCGGGGUGGGGUUAAACCAAUGGACUUGGUCUCUGUUACAACCAGCCCAUGCACUUCAUCCACAUCCAAUCAGAAUGGGCACCCACCCGCUCCCAGGAGGCUUUUCUCUUUCCUUUCAGUGGCCUGGGGUUUUGUGUCUGAUGUGGACAUAGAGAGUGAGCGCUACAGAGGGCUGGGCUCGGCACGGUUUACACUGGGAACACUAGUGAGAUUGGCGUCUCUGCGCUCCUAUAAGGGCCGUCUUUCCUACCUUCCACCUGCUAUAGUCAACCCCGAUGCCACACCUCAGCCGCCCCGAAGGCCACUUUCACGUAGCAUUACUGAAGGCUUGACGGGAUUUUGUCGCACUCCCAUUCACCGCACCUGUUCAGACAUGGGCCUGAGUGAACAAAGAAGUCUCUGUAAGGGAGAUGGGGAGAGAGAGCGGGAAAGGCAGGAGAGAGAGCGAGAGAGGGAGAGGAGGAGAGAGAGGGCAAGAGGGGUUGGGGUAGUGAGAGCUAGCAGUCUCGCAGAAGACAGAGAGAGAGAGGUGGAAGCAGAAGAGAAGAUGGAGGAGACGUCAGGGACCAGCUCGGAAUCAGAUGAAAGGGAAGAGUGUGACAGCAUAGCCAGUAAUAAUGGGAACAGGGAAGAAGAGAAUAAACCGGGUGGGGAUGAGAUCGACAGAGAAGACUUGAUGAAAGUGAGAGAUGAGGUAAACGAGUGCAAUGAGUGUUAUCAAACGACUCCACCUGAGAUGAAACACAUGCAACGUAAAAACUCGGCCCCUUCUAGCCAGAUAAUUAAUGCCUUCUUCAGCCAGCCAAUCGGUGCAGACACUGACCAAGACUUGGAGCUGGCAGCCUAUGGCAAGGAGGAUGAAGACAUAAAUGGCACCUACUUUCAGCGAGAGGCGUUUCCACUUGACAAAUCUCGUGAGCGAGCCCUCACUAUCUCAUCUUCUCCGUUCCGUCAGUCUCCUUUCAAAGCGUUUAAAUCUAAAACUUUGGACCAGAACCAGAACCCCUCACGGCCUCGGCCCCUCUCUCUUCUCCGCCAAUCGCAUUCAAACUCUCUCCCUCCGGAAAAAAAUCCAUCCCUUGCCCUGUCCCUCUCCCCGACCCCCACUUCAUCUCCAUCUUGCACCUCUCCUCACUCUUCUUAUCUUGCGCCACGUCCUAACCCACCCAGCUCGUCUUCCCCAUCCCCUUCUAUUCAUUCACCGACCCCUUCCUUCAACUUUGACCUUGCGGAUACUGGAGGACCCCUGAAGAACUGCCCUCACAUGACAUCCUCCAUCAACCUGCCAGAGGAUGAUCUGCUACCUCCUCUGGACCAACCUCUUCCUACAAGUGACUGGGUCACUAUUGAGGGGGAUUUUGUCCUGGUUCUUGCCAUCUAUCAGACCCACCUGGGAGCAGAUCUUUUUGCUGCGCCUCAGGCUCAAUUUGAUGAUGGGCUGAUCCAUCUGACAUUUGUGCGGGCUGGUAUCUCACGGGCAACACUGCUUAGACUGUUCCUAGCAAUGGAGAGAGGAGCCCAUUUGUCUGUUAGCUCUCCCUACGUUAGUCAUAUUUCUGCUCGGGCGUUUCGCCUUCAGCCACUUUCACCGCGAGGAACCCUCACUGUAGAUGGAGAGGUAGUGCCCUAUGGGCCACUGCAGGCUCAGGUUCAUCCCUCCAUGGCCCGUUUGAUUGUUGGGGACUCUGGAAUAAAGAUUACAAGAUUUUGACCUGUUUGGAUUUGAACAGGCAGGGAUUAGUUUGGCUCUUUGAAUUAUAUAAUAUUUAGCCAUCCGCAUAUUGUAGGGUGGGGGUGGGGAGAGAGACAGAAAGCAAGCAGUUGCUAUUAGGGAUGUAAUGAUUCACUCAACUCACGAUUUGAUUUGAUUCAUGAUUUCUUUUUUUUUUC